AAGAAAGAAGGAUAGAGUUUUCCUUCACUUCACCCAGAGAGUGAAGGAAACACCUUGCUCCCAGCUUCAUUGAGUAUCGCGACUCGCGAGUACGGUCACCUGACGAUUCUUUUGAGAAAGAAACGAAGGGAUCUGGUACUGUGUUCUUACAUCUGAGUCAUCUCGGAUUCUAAUCCUUUCGACGCCUUCGGCCCUUCCGCUUCUAUCUGGAACACCUCCUUAGCAGUUAGCACUGAUCGUCUCCAAUUCGGCCAUUUCUGGCCCAAGCACGAAUCUUUCAUGGAAGUUGGGAAGAAGAGUGGAAAUUACACAUCCUCAUGUUCUUGCGAUCCAGUUUCCUGUUAUUUAACUUCAUUUCCCAUCGUUCUCUUUCAAGGCCACAUCUUUUCUUCUCAUCUUCCACCCGAAAGACCACAAGGCUAACUAAACAAGAAUGUUUACUUUACCUCCUAAACUGCAAAUCCAUGAAAGAUUUGAAACAAAUACAGUCCCAGAUGUUCAGAGCUGGGUUUCAUCAGAACAGAGAUGCACUCAACAAGCUCAUGGUCUUCUGUACGGACCUAGAUUCCGGGAAUUUACAAUACGCAGAGAGAAUUUUCAAUUACAUUCUAGAACCAAGUCUCUUCUUAUACAAUUUGAUUAUCAAAGCAUUUGCAAAGAAGGGUAAUUUCAAGAAAGCUGUUUUACUCUUCGCUGGAUUGAGGGAAAAUGGUUUGUCCCCCGAUAAUUUUACUUACCCAUUUGUUCUUAAGGCAAUCGGAUGUUUGCGGGAGUUCAUCGAGGGAAGGAAAGUUCAUGGUUUUAUCGUUAAAACUGGGCUUGAGUUCGAUUCUUUUGUGAGGAACUCGCUCAUGGAUAUGUACUCUGAAUUGGGUUAUACUGAAACAUUGCAGCAGUUGUUUGAAGAAAUGACUGAGAGAGAUGUUGUUACUUGGAAUGUUUUGAUUUCAGGGUAUGUUAGGAGUGGGAGAUUUGAGAAUGCACUUUUUCUUUUCAGAAGGAUGAACUGGGAGGCUAGCGACCGACCUGAUGAAGCUACUGUAGUGAGCACUCUCUCAGCUUGUGUUGCUUUGGGAUACCUGGAACUAGGUAAGGAGAUCCAUGGUUAUAUUUGCAAGGAGCUUGAAUUCUCAACUAUAAUUGGUAACGCAUUGGUAGACAUGUACUCUAAGUGCGGUAGUUUAAGUCUGGCACGUAGGAUCUUUGAUGAAAUGCCAAUUACAAAUGUGAUUACAUGGACGAGUAUGGUGUCUGGUUAUGUGAAUUGUGGUCAGCUGGAUGAUGCCAGGGAUCUGUUUGAGAGGGUUCCAACAAGGGAUGUUGUUCUUUGGACAGCUAUGAUGAAUGGGUAUGUGCAGUUUAAUCAUUUUGAUGAAGCUUUAGCUCUGUUUCGGGAGAUGCAAAUUAAGAGAGUCAAACCAGAUAGAUUUACUCUGGUUGCACUCCUUACGGGUUGUGCUCAGUCGGGAGCCUUAGAACAAGGGAAGUGGAUUCAUGGACACAUUGAGGAAAACAUGAUCAGAAUAGAUGCUGUUCUUGGUACUGCUCUUAUUGACAUGUAUGCAAAAUGUGGAUGCAUAGAGAAAUCACUGGAGAUUUUCGAGAGCGUAAAAGAGAGAGAUAAUGCCUCAUGGACUGCAAUCAUCUGUGGGCUUGCUAUGAAUGGCUUGACCAGCAAAGCACUAGAACUAUUCUCCGAAAUGAAAUCUGCCAGUGCCAAACCAGAUGCUAUCACCUUCAUUGGAGUUUUAAGUGCUUGUGGUCAUGGGGGAUUGGUGGAGGAAGGUCGUUGCUAUUUUGAUUCCAUGAGGAAGGAACACCAAAUGGAACCAAAAACUGAACACUAUGGAUGUAUGGUUGACUUAUUUGGCCGUGCUGGUCUGCUGGAUGAAGCUGAGAAGCUUAUAGAAACAAUCCCAAAUGAUAAAUUGGAGAUUACAGUACCUCUCUGGGGUGCUUUGCUUAGUGCCUGCAGAAUCCAUGGAAAAGUUGGGAUGGGUGAGCGUGUGGCCAAACGCCUUGUUGGAGUUGAAUCUAGCAAUUCCGGUGUUCAUACCCUUCUUGCCAACAUGUAUGCAGCAGCUGACAGAUGGGAAGAUGUGACUAAGGUGAGAAGAAAGAUGAAGGAACUUGGAGUCAAGAAGGUCCCCGGGUGUAGUUCAAUUGAGGUAAAUGGCAUUGUCCACGAGUUUCUAGUUGGAGAUAAAUCACAUCCAGAGAUGAGGGAAAUCUAUUCUAUGUUGACUGACUUGGCCAAGCCAUUAUCAGGCUUGGAGGAAAAUGUUAUAGAAAGGGAAAACAUGAUUCCAGUGACAUAGUGCUUGAAGGAUUAUUUGGGUUUAGAACUGAAAAUAUAAGAAGAAUUUCCCUCAAGGACCAAAUGAGAAUGUUGCCGGGAUAACCUUUUUAUGGUGUCUGACUAACUGCCUAAGCAAGUGUGCAUCUAGGUUCUGAUUUUUCAACAGUGAAUUAAAGACCGAGUUUCUUUCUUCAGCAGUGUUCAUUAAGCAAUGUGAUGGUCAUUCAGGUGCAUCAGUCGGCAAUUCAAAAUUUAGGAAGUUGAAAGUCAGAAGAAAAUAUCUUGAGCUUCAUUGGAUUUUUUUGGUGCAGUGGUAAAGUAUUUUUAUCGAUGUCUAAUUUCGCCCGAAUCGUGGGGAUCUGAAAUUUUUUAUUUGUUCAUUCAAGGUGUUUGAAUAAGAAAAUUAUGCACAAUUUUCUUUUGACCCAAGUUCUAUACAGUUAUAAGAAGAGGAGGAGGCUUAAUACAGAUUGUGCUUUUCCUGAACCAUGAUUUAUAUUUAUACUGGCUAGAUAAUAGCCAAAUGGUUAAAGCAGCAAAGGGAUACAAGUGAAGGUUAUCUUCCAUCAGACUCCCAAGUUAUAGACUGUUUGGUGGGGACAAAUAUAAAGUACCAAUGGUGAAGAGAUGACAAUGCAGAUAGGGGAGAGAUGAAAUUUAGCCAUGGCCUUGCAACAUGCAGGGUUUGAUGUAAAUUUGGUUUUGGAAGACCAAGCCUUCUUAGUCGAGACUCGAACCGGGCAUCUGCCCCGGCAGUCUGAACCUUUUACCAUUGAUUGCUUUUCUCUCUAUUUUAUCCUUAAAAUUGAUUCUUCUUUUUUCCCACUUUCAUGUAAAAUUGAGAUCUCUAUAUUCCAGCCUUUGUUCGAUCCUAUUACAAAUACUAAACCGUCUUGAG